UGGUUUUCCUCCAACAGGAACGUCGGAUGUCACCUGCUCUGAUGAACAUGUGUUCCCUCACGUCCUGCCUUGAGGACAUUCGGGAGAGUUUGACAUUUCAUUAUAAUGUUAAUAACGUUAAUCUUAUGUGGUAUUUACUAAUCCUGAGGUACAACUCGGAUACUGUCACUUGUCGAGUAAUCUGUGCUACUCCUUCAUUUUGACAAAUGUGGAGAGCUGUUAGCCAGCGUCUCAGUCGAAAAUGUCAUUAUUAUUGAAAAGAUGAAUAAUGUGUGAAAAUGUCGUUUUUGUUAUCUCUCACUGUAAGAAGGAGGAGCCCUUUGUACAAGCUAUUGAAACCAAACAUAUUGUUCUAUAGCGGUUAGCACGCCUGCCUCUGAAGCAAAGAGCAAUGAAUCCUGGGUUUUAUUCCCAGAGAUAUCACAUGCUUUGCGCCUAAUGGAGGUAGCCUGUUAACAGCAUAUCUGCUGCUAACACAACGAUUUUAUGAUAUAAUAUUCUGAGAAGCCACCUGCUGUCCAUGUCAUCAGAGGUGUUCCAGGUUAGAAGAUUUAAACACGCCGGAAAGUUAUUUCAUACUGGUUCCUGCUGUGAAUGGAAUUUAUGUCACCAAGUUGAGUUGUGACAGUUCUAGUGUCACAAUGUCAUAGAGAGGUGGACCAAUAGGUCUGUGUCUGUGGCUGCUCCUGUUCCUGUGCUUCAAAAACCUCCAUUGGAUCCCAUGUUAUUCCUGCUCUUUCCUGUGUCGGUGGAGUCGCCGCACAUUCCCCUUUCCUGGAGCUGAGUUGGAGAACAGACAAGUACACACCGUAUGUGAUUGUUUUACCAAUGUUAUUGGUGCAAUUUAUUAAUGGUUUGCCCCUUUACUGUUCAUUGCAGUGCAGUUUUAUAUGAUUGGCAAAUACUUCCUAUUUGAGUUUGAAAAUCCCAGAUGUUUUUCAAAUUUGAAAUCCUGCUUUAGAUCAACAGGAGAGAACGCUGCAUAGGUUUAAAGUGCGGGUGGUCUGAAAAGCCCCCUAUUGAUUAUUUCUUUGUGUCUGUGUGUUUAUGUGUGUGUUUGAACUUAAACAGAGAGAUGUCCACCACUGACGCAAGAGGCCGACUGAUGUCAGAGGAACGACAGCCGUAAACAGAUUUGUUUGUUUUUUUUCUAAAGAUUGAACUUAGGGGGAUAUUUAAGAAGGGAAAUGCCUGACAGGAGGAUUUGUAUAGCAGUACAGUAUCUAUGAGUAUUUGUGUGUGUGUGUGUGUGUGUGUGUGUUUGUAGGAGGAGUCAGAAUACACAUCAUACACGAGUGGUGAGCUGUACAGGACGCUGCGUUACAUUGGGAAACCUGUGAAAUUUCCACCCAAAGGGUGGGAAUGUAGAAAAGACAGUGCAGUGUUCCCACUGAGGCCAACAGGACCUGAGCAAACGUCUCUGCAGCCUACUGCUGACCAGCCCUGACCUGUCCUGACCUGACCAGUACCUGCACACUUCCGCCAGUGUGUCGUUUGACUCCGAGACCCAGAUUGACGUGCUCCUGCAGACUGUCAUCAUGGUCCUCUGGACUCUCGUGUAUGCUGUGCUCAUAGCUCAUCACGUUACUGGACGACCCUCCUGGCUUCCUCCUCCGCCUGCGCUGCCUAUGAGAGGCGACUGCUACGUUGCAGAGCCAGAGGUGGAGCUGUUCAGGGUGGAGGGUGAAGCCGUCAUCCUCUCCUUUCCGUUGUUCAGGAGCACGCUCACGGCGCGGGACAUCGCCCCUCCGGCCGCGGUGUACCUCAUCACCAAAGACAACGGGACGGAGGGCGCGGCCUACCCGAGCAGCGGGCGUGUGCUACAGCGAAACAGAGAGCUGUGGCUCCUCCCAGCUCAGGCUUCAGACUCCGGAGAAUACAUCUGCACUUACAGAAAUGAAAGCUACUGCAUCCGUGGCAGUAUUACUCUGCAGGUGUACGAGUCCAGCUCUGUGGGCGUGGACAAACUGUCAUAUCCAAUUUCAGCCACUGUGGGGGAGACACUGUCAUUUAGGUGUCCCUCAGUGAGUCACUUCAACAGCACAGAUGAAGUCAUACACUGGUAUAAGAAUUCCACAUCUGGAGGUGGCUCAUUUGGCAGACACAGAGGAAACCUGAUGAUUCCUGGGGUGAAGAGAUCGGACGCAGGAGUUUACACCUGCCAGCUAACAGUGCUCAUCAACGAUCGGCUCUACAAAGUCAGCAGGGUCAUUCUGCUGCAGGUUGAAGGUUCAGACCCAGAACUGACAACCAUGUCCGACCCCUCUGUGACCUCUGACCCUGAGCUAAUCGACACUACACCUAGCAUAUUUAAACCCCCUGUUAUUAUUUCACCACUGAAUGGAACCCUUUUUCAAAGUGCCCCCGGGUCAGGAGUGGUGCUGUACUGUGAUGUGCUCACCGAAUGCGAAAUGGCCGACUCUACUAUGGUCACUUGGCUCAUAAAAGGCCAACCAGUGGAGCUGUCGUACCUGGAUGAGCGAGCCCUGCAGGGGGGAAGGAGCGUGACCAAAGUGCCAGGGCUCUGCCAGGUUCAACUGAGGCUUCUUAUUGUCAGAGUGACGGGAGAAGACCGGGGAACAGAAGUCAAAUGUGUUGCUCAGAACCAAGGUGGCAGACAGGAAGUAGCAGCACAGCUUCAGCUGGAAGACUCCUCCUCCACGUGGGUGGUUGUAGCUGCCGUUGCUGUUUCCUGUUUCGUUGUGGUGGCCUCCAUCGUCCUCUAUGUUCUCCUCAAACCUAAGAGGAACAACAGAAAGGAUUACAUCCUAGCUCGACAGAGCAGUACCUUCUAACCCUCCUUGUGAACAAACAGCUUCCCUUCCCUGCUUGGUGACAUCACCACAGCGUCGGGUUGACCAUAAUGGACACUGGUAACCUUUCAGUUGACCUCAGCCCCCUGGAUGUUUACAUCAAGUUCCAGGGAUCGUUUUCAUUUGCAUUCACCUUUUCUUUUUUUUAGAUGUUAUUAACUGUACUUUGUGAGCAAUGUUUACAUCCACCUGGGCGAACUCCAAUGCCUAAGCAAGCACGCCCUCUGCUGGCCUAUCUGUGCUUAGACCCAGCAUAAGACAGUAGAUUUCCAUCUGAUGAUUAAAAGAGUGAUCCUAAUAAAUCUACACUAAUUAAGACAUGAUUAUAUAUAGUUAUAUUUAAAUCUGCCUGAAUUUCCUCAGAAUAACUGAUAACUGAACCAGGAGAGCAGCUGCUCCACUGAUUCUACAGCUAAUAUUCAACAUUUUAAUACAUUCAAAAGUAGCUAAUUUCAGCAUUUUUUGUAGAAUUUUGAGGGCCGACUGGUGGGAAAUAAGUUCAAUCAUCACCGGUCUUUCAAAGACCCUGCAAAGUAAUGAGCAAUAGAAAAUCGAACUGUUUCACUGUGGUUCUUGACACAGAGAGCCACCAGGGGGUACACUCGCUUAUGCAGCUGUGACUACGUGUCAAUACCUCCCACAGCAACUUCAAAGUAUUCUUAAAUAUGCUUCCAAAAUGUAAACAUAGUGUACGAGUGAGACUAAGUUUUAAAAAAUAUAGACGUCACCUGAAAGGCACCUCCAGCAGCUCCCGCUGUUCACACGUUUACAUUUCUUCAUCCUCAGCUCUCUGACACAACAGGGGUUUUUGUCACAUCAGUUGUGACAUUGACAGGCCUCCAUCGCAGAUGUUGUUUUUGUCACGCAGGUAUCUGGUCUGUUGUGACAUAAAGAAACGGUAGAAAGGUCUUACAAGAACGUUAAAAGGUCCUUAAACAUGUUGUGCAAACAUCAAUUUGGCCAGAUUUAACCCAAGUCGAUGCAAUGAUCAGAUUCUAAGAUAUUAGCGUCAUUGUGGAACAGUACUACAGUAAAUCUAUCAUCACAAAAACAGUUUAAAUUUCACACAACACAGGAGCUGCUGCUGCUGUUGCCACAUCUGUGGAGUUUGUGAUUUCUUAAGAAGACAUUUGAACACAAGUGGAAAGAAUAUGGUAUUUCAAUUCAACAUCUGGGUUUUAUUAUAUGCACAUGUUUUUUAAAGGUCUGUCAUAUUUUUCACCAAAACAUGCUGCCAAGUAAAUACUUUGUGCUAAAAACUUCACAAACUAUUAUAUCUGAACUUUUCAAAAUAUCACAAAAUAGAAGCAAGACUGUAGUCUUACUAUCACGUAUGUCACGACCCUAGUCUUAGGACAUGUGUCGUGUGAUAGUGUUUUGUGUGGGACCUGAAGUGUUUUUGCAGACUCCCCUGUCUGCAAUCAAUGUGUGUGGGUGUGUGAGUUUAUGUCACGCAGGGCCACAUAACAGGGAAACUGGGAGUAGAUGUGCUCUGUGUGUUUUACUACAUGUACGUAGUAGCUGAAUGGAGAAGUGAGAACCUUUAUUUUCGUUAGUGGAGGAAAGCUCAGGGUCCUUUUAGUUUUUGUUUGUUGUGUUGGCCAUCUUUCUCAAUUCUGAGCAAAAUAAAAUGCUACUGUAAAAACUAUAAAA